GAUAUUUUAGCAGAGUAAUAUAUCUGAGAAUUCAAUCUUUCUUUGAAGGAGUAAUGUAUAUCUUAUAAACGAAGUAACAUGAACGGAGAGCGAGUGGAACAAAUUCUCAGCGUAUUAUAUAUUUCCUGUGCAAUUUUGUCUGUGAUGUCGUUGACCUGUUUGGUUACUGCUUGGCAAUACUGGGCUUGGACCUUGGAUGUUUGCAUUAGUGUCGAUUGCGAUUGUAUAUUAUACAGUGUCAAUACCUUCAGCACUUUUAUGGGAGGUGAUAUAAAAUUUUGCUAUUUUGGUGUAUACGGUUUGAGCCCUGCAAUUCUAUUCGGCUUGUGCCUUGGUGGAUACCACGGAUAUAGAGUUUGUAUUAAUAAGAAUUUAGAUACGCCUGUACGAAUCUACGAUGAUAUUAGCAGAAAUUUAAACAGUAAUGGCGAAGUAGUGGCAGCAGUGAUGAUCAGACCUAAAAGACGAAUACCAUAUAAUCAAUGGAUACCGAUUAUGUUUCUUACAAUAUUACUUUGCUGUUUAUCAUUAGCUCAUGCAGUGGUAAUAACUGACGGUUACUACAAAACUUGCAAUCAAUAUAGGAAAAGAUUGAUACAACUUUUAGACUCGACUGGUCGUGAAGCUGAGGUUGUACAUAAUAGGCUUUCUUGUGGAGCAAUUUUCGAUUUCAUGGAUUAUUUACAGACGGAUGUAAAUAAUUGGAAGCAUGGUAAAGAGGCUCAUACUGGCUUUACUCUUCAAUUCGCUAUUAUUUCUACAUGGUUCAAUUUCUUUGCUUGGACAUUCGCGACCUUAUUGAACAUUAUUAUGGCACACAUAUUUUUGCAUUGGCCAAAUAUUGAACAAUGUGUAAUAUUACUUUUAGAUACCGUUAUUUAUUGUUCUCCGUAAUUUUAAAGAUUUAUAAGGCUAUUGAUCAUAUUGUUUUUUAAUCUUUCUUUCUCGCGCGCGCGCACGCGUGCGCGUAUCAUCUUU